AUGGCACCAACAACAAACCCAUCUGACCAUGGCCUUGGAACUAAAAAGCACCAUGACUCAAAAGGGUCCCCUCCUCCAUACACGAAAGUGAGCGACAAUAUCGUGGCCUUGGAGGCCAUCCGCAUCAUGGACCCGGAGGAUCCGACACCGUUCAACUACAUCCCGCCCGCUGGCUAUCGAGACAACUCGGUCAGCGUCUACCAAAUGGUUACCCUGAUCCUGGAGGUCCUCUUGACCACCGUCCGUAUGGUCCUGAAGUUCCUCUUGACCAUUGUCCAAAACAUCCUCAAGGCUCUCUUCACCAUCACCCAAGAUGCUGUGGACAUCGUCCGCGACGUUCUGAGCAUUGUCCGCGACGAUGUUCUACGCGAUCUCAUCCAGCCUACGGUGCGGUAUGUGGGGUGGGCCGCCUUGACUGCUGUCUUCAUCCUCCUGGUCAUCUUCGUCCUCCUUGUCAUCUUCAUUUUCGUCAAAUUCGACAUUCUGGUGCGGAUCCUGGAGAAGAUGCUGAACCUCUAA